GAGCUGAGCAUUGCAGCAGCACCUUGCCAUGAAUAUACAGUAGUGUGAUGUACGUAUUGGUCGUGAGCACUGUAGAUCGUCUCGGCAUUGUCUCGAUAUGUUCAUUGCACUGCAAUGGCUGCAGAGACAUAUUUCAUCCUCACGCCGCGACCCAGAAAUCAGCUUCGAUCCGCAUGCUUCAAAUCAUUAGUACCCGAGACUCGGACUCGCCGCUGAGCCGUCGAAUACGGCGAGGGAAAUCUCGUCUUGGCUAGCACAUCGACGAUGUAUUGGCCGAGACGUGCGCCCGUGAGCUUUAGCCAAACAGUCUUCCAACCGUCGACUCAAUUUGCCCGUGGGAGGACGCACCAGUGGAUGUAAUGCGCCCUCAGCCAAUGUUGGGUUUCUUCCAGACCGCGGGCAUGAUGUACGUAGCGUGUCGAUACGAAACUGCUCAUUUGAGAUUGUUUGUAACUUUUGCAUGUCCUUUGGGCCAUGGGCAAUCGUCUUGCCCUCCUCUUCCGCUCGAACCUUGCCGGCUGGUGAUAAUAUUGGUGAUGUUGAUGUUGAUGUUGAUGAUGAUGAUGAUGAUGAUUGGGACUAUCUCUCGUGCCACGCGUUUUGCAAAUUCCACAUCCUCCGCUUCCUUGCGCGCCCCCUCCUUCCCUUCCCAUGCCUGCACGCCUGGGCAGCAUACAGUGUUCCUGCGGGACGAUUGUCACUCUCUCCUGCUUCGUACAGCAACAUCCAUUCCAGGCAUGCCACGAGUUGCUUCCGUGCCGUGCUUGUGCAUGCGCGUUUCAACCUUUGACUGCCGCCGCUGUUGGGUCGGAACCUGGAUUGGCGUGUGUGGUAAACAUCGUACCUGACUUCACCCGUUGGUUGUCCAUCAUCGCAGUGAUUUGAUCGUCGCCGCCAUUUUCCUCCUACAUGCUGCAGGUGUGCACUUUUGCGCGUGGCCGGCCCCUCCUUCGCCCGUUCUUUCGUCACCAACGUCCAAGCUGCGGGUGGUCAUCCCCGAAAGUGUCCGCCGCCGGGAGGAUGCAGCGAGGUUGUAAUAGCUCGCAUGGAAUCUGCCCACGGUUGGUGCGUGAGCCGUUCGUUCUGUCGCGCACGACGCCGCCGUUUGCUGUUUCUUG